UGAUUAUAUUAGUUAUUUCUUUUUAAAUAUGGAGAAUUUUAUGCUUUGGUUAUACAAACAUAAGAUUAGUAAAAAAAUAUACCAUUCUCGUAAUAAGAUGACAUUAACAAAUUAUGAGAAGAAUAUGGCUAUAAUUAUAUGUUAUAUAUGUACAGAAGGUAAUAUUAACUCUUUUUUUUUUCGAAAUUACCUAGAUGUGUUCUUUAUAUUAUUUUUGAAAAUAAUAUAUUUGAAUGAAAAUAUUAGCGAGUUAAAUAAUAGUGCAAAUAAUAUAAUACAAAAAGAGAAGAACAAUUUAAAACAUAAUUCGUUGUUAGAAUUUAAAAGGGAUACAUUAAGUAUGUUAAAUAAUAUAUUCAAUAUAAAUCAUAAUAAAAAGUUUGAAUAUAUGAAGAUUUUAAAUUUAUAUUAUAGACAAAUUAUUCAUCAUUUAUUAUUUUUAUAUUACUAUUUUACUGUUAAAAAAUAUUAUGUAUUACAAUUACAGCUAGUACAUUUUAUAAGAUAUAUUUUACCUUUAUAUGAAAAGAAUAUUGAUAAGAAAUUUUUAACAAAUGAAAGUACAGAAAAAGAUAAGGUUUUUAAACGUAUGAACUAUAAUAAUUAUGAAGAAUUUAUUAGUGCUAGUAAAUAUCAUUUUGAAAUAAUAAAUAGAAAUAAUUAUAAUAUGAAAAAUGAUGUCUUUAUUUUUAGUAUAUUAAGAAAAUCUAUGACAAUUAUUUUUAAUUUAAAUGAACAAGUUUUAUAUAAAGAAGUUUUAAAAACUAUUAUAGAUUUA